CUGCUUUCCUGUUUCUUUUCCCGGCGAAGCAUGAGGCGUCCCGGCAGAGAGCCCGCCGAGAGCCGGGCCGAGAGCAUCGCUUCUGCCGCUGCCUCCUCCCAUUCCUCCUCCAUGGGCCAGGCUGCCUCCUUUGCAGGAGAUCCCCAGGAAUACGCCUGGGCAUUUCUGGACUGGUUCCAAGCCAAUAAAAUCAAGACGGCGCUGCUGAAUUUAGUUGUUUUGUAUGCUUCCUUGCCAUUCCUUGUCCGGCUGUUUCCUCCCCUGUUGCAAAAGUUUGUCUACCUCAAUUUUUUGAGUUAUCCCUUUUGGGUGGACUUCCAGAAGCCUGAAGCAUAUUUGAACCACACGAGAAACUUCUAUCUAAACUCUGAACCAGGGAUCACUGUCGGCAUCUGGCACGCUUUGCCUGACAAUCGGCGCAAGGAAUCUGAAGGGAAGAGCGAUCUCUGGUAUGAAGAGGCUCUCGCAGAUGAUAAUCCCAUCAUCAUUUAUCUCCAUGGCAAUGGGGGAAACAGAGCAACAAGCCACAGAGUCCUUUUCACAAAGAUCAUGAGUGAUAAUGGCUUCCAUGUGCUGGCUGUUGACUACAGAGGCUAUGCCGACUCCACUGGCCAUCCGAGCGAGAACGGGUUCACGAAGGACAUCCUCUGCAUUUACGACUGGGUCAAAGCACGAAGCGGGAACAGCACCGUAAUCUUCUGGGGACACUCUCUCGGUACCGGAAUUGCGACCAAUACGGCAAAGAAACUGCAAGAAAUAGAUGGAGUCGUAGUGGACGCCAUCGUCCUGGAAGCUCCUUAUACCAACAUCAGAGACGCCGCAGCCAAUAUCCCCUUCACCAGAAUCUACCGUAUGUUUCCUGGUUUUGAAUAUUUUGUCUUGGACACAAUGGCCAGAGCUGACAUGUACUUUCAAAAUGAUAAAAAUGUCAAAAUCUUGUCCAGUCCUCUCUUGAUCUUACACUCCGAAGAUGAUAAAGUCAUACCUGUACAGCUGGGGAAAAAGCUCUUUGAAAUAGCCCACAACGCCUCCGAGAAGAAAGACAACGUCCAGUUUAUUUCCUUCCCCGCCGCCAUGGGCUUGGGCCACGACCACAUUGCCGCCAACCCCGAACUCGCGUCUAUUCUCAAAAAUUUCCUCAAGAGCAUUAAGUGACACCCAUCCUGCCAAACCUGCCAACAGCUUUUGAGACCACGUCACAUCUUCACACACCAUUAAGGAAGCUUUCUAUUUCAGACCUGCCACGGAUAUAAUAAUAAUUAUUAUACUAAUAAAAGAAACUGUGAUGGCGACAAA